AUGCUGCAUUUGGGAACCGGCUUUCUCCUCUUUGUCUUGUCAAUUAUUAAAUACUCCAAUGGAGGAAUUAUCCCUUUAGCCUAUUCGCCUGAUCUUGGAGUUAAUUUGACUCAAAUUCAGUCAUCAUUCAUUCAACCGGUAGAGAUAAAGCCGGAAGAAUUUAUGUAUCCACCUAGUUAUAACGCUGAGCCUUAUCGAGCAGCCAUAGGGAAUUUCUCUCCUUAUUUUGGGCUGAAUACAACAGCUGAAAAUGUGGCCUACUUCAUAACAGGCCACCAUCUACCUGCAACACGAAAUUGUCCAAACUGGCUUCGUAUGGAGCCCGAUAUUGUCGCCUUAUCACCUGUGGUAAUAAAGUUGGCAAAUAAUAACCCCGAAAUAAAUACUCGCGUCUUCAUAUCGGAUACGUCUAUGGAUUGCCUUGAGUUACGAGAAGCUGUUUCCUCUGUCUUUCGAUGGACUAUUAUCGCAUCUAAUAAUGAUGCGGUCCUUUUAAAAGAAUUGAGAGAAUUUAAACCGUAUGUUGAAAAUAAAAGGGUGAGUUAUGCAAUAUGUGACGCAUCAGACGGGGUCGAAUUCGUGACAACAACACUGGACCUUACAAAUGAAAGUUACAAGAAGGCCAUAGAGGAAUUCGCUUUUGCAGGCGCAUAUUUAGGAGUGGUAACACCAGCGUUGUCGUCAUCUAAUUUAACUGCUGUGGGUUUCACUGUGAAGUACAUCGAAAAAUUGGCAGAGGAGAUUAAUACUAAUGGUAAUAUCAACAUAAAUGGAGAAAUGGUUCCAUUCACAUCAGCCAAUUUUCUUAAGUUGAUUCAGUCAAGAGCGUAUAAUAUUUCAACGAAUUUCAUGGAUGUUGUACUAGAUUUUUCAGCCAGUGGUGAACUACGCACAUUGAGUUUCUGUUUUUGCGAAUUUAAUCCCUUCAAUUGUUCUCCUGGGUACUACAAAUUUAAAGAUGAAUCACUGGAAAUUAGAAUGAAUCUUAGUGGAAGAAAGACGGUGAGAGCGUUAGCUUUUCAGGAUAUUACAUUCUUUCCAUCAUUUGAGGACUCGGAAAUUUCAUCGACAGUUCAAAUGCUCGCGAAUAUAUUUACUUCAGACAUCUCCCACUCCUACGAACUUGUGGCUGUUCCCGACAAUUCAAAUGCCACUGUUCAAGAAACCCUCGUAAAGACUUUGAAUGACUCUCAAACUACGUACACAAUGUCGGCAUUCCCCAUACUUCUGGAUCCCAAUCUAGAUGUCCAAAACACCCAUGCAGUGUUUUACGAUGGGAUUGUGAUGAUCAAGAUUCGUGAAGCCACUGCCUGGCUUCAUCUGGUUCUGCGUCUUUGCCUCCCUCCUAUUUGUGGCUUUCAUCUUCUUUAUUAUCAAAGUUGUCAAUGA